UUCUCGCAAAUGACAGUUCUCUCUCUCUCUCUCUCCUCAGAUCGUCUCUUUCCCAAAUCCGUCUCUUCCCUCUGUAGCUCACCGCGCGAGUAGCGUCGACAGUCCACCGCACCACCGAGCUCGGCGCCUCUCCCUUCGAGCGACAUGAAGGAUGACGAUCCUAUCCCCCUAUCGACGUCGGCGGCGGCCAAUGCCAAGAGGGAGAGCUCCGAUUCCGGUCUCUUCGGCCGUGGCCGGUACAAGAUUUGGGCGCUGGCCGCCAUCCUCCUGCUCGCCUUCUGGUCUAUGUUCACCGGCACCGUCACCCUCCGGUGGUCCGCCGGCAACCUCAACCCCCUCUCCGACGACCUCGACGCCCCCAUUCGCGACGAUCUCGACGUCCUCGAGAUGGAGGAGAGGGAGAAGUUGGUGAAGCACAUGUGGGACGUGUACACGAAUAGCAGGCGGAUCAGAAUGCACAAGUUUUGGCAGGAGGCGUUCGAGGCCGCGUUCGAGGACUUGAGCAGUGACGUUCCUGGUGUUAGAGAGGAUGCGAUCGCAGAGAUUGCUAAGAUGUCCAUACGGUUCAUUGAUCCCCCUCCAGCUCAAUCCAUGAAUGCCCGAGAAUUCACUAAGAGGUUCAAAAUAACAGAGAAAGGAGAGGCCGUGGUGGCUCGCCGAUUACACUAAACUGAAAAUUUUGGAGAUCCGAGAUUUUAAAUCGUUGUCCUCUCCAAUGAUGAUCUGCUGGAAGCUUCAUGGCGGCCAGGAAGCACUAGAUUUCUAUGGCAGAGACAAGUUCGUAUGUACUUAGAGGAGGAUUUUUGUUUUCUUUCAAUUUGAUGUCAGCAAUUUUUUUGUGGUUGUAAAUUGAAACAACCGAUACGUCAAGAAAUUCAUCGAAUGGUUUUUCUUUUAUCCAAAUUACCUACAUUCUUUUGGA